GCAGUUUUUGAUUGACCGUCGACCGCAACGGUCGCAAAAGUCCCCCAUAGCCAGCCAGCUAGCCAGCCCGAAGUCAGGCACCCCAAGUCAGCCAGCUAGCUAGCUGAUCACCCGGCCAACCCAAAAGCCAACCAGUAGUGAGUGUCGAUCGCUGUAGUACUUUUGCUGCCCAGUGUGGUCAGUCGCAAGUGAUAAGCGGACGAUAAGCGUGUAAAGUGUACCAUCGUUUUUGUUGGUCAGUGUCUCUGUUGUUCCUUUACGAGUGCGGCGCCCAAGUGUCUCCCGUCGCUCUCGUUUUUCUUUCCACGCGAAAAGCAAUUCUUUUGUGAGUGUAUCGUGUUCCCGUGUGUGAGUGUGUGUGUGCGCGCCUUUGUGUGUAUGUGCACCGGAAGUGCAGUACCGAGCGACCGAACAUGACCGUCUCGAUGUACGAUGAUCAGCUGCUGAGUCAGCCGCAGCAACCGCAACAACAACAACCGACGGAGAUGACGACGACAACGAUGGGUGACAACCCAACAGCGCAGGACCACCCAACGGCCGUGACGAUGGGCAAGAUCGACGAGAAGCUCACCGAGAUCCAGCAGUUUUACGACAAGUGCAGCAUCUUCAUUACCGGCGGUACCGGAUUCCUUGGCAAAACGCUCAUCUACAAACUGCUGACCAGCUGCCCGGGGAUCGAGAACAUCUUCCUGCUGGUGCGAAGCAAGCGUGGCAAGGACAUCUUUUCCCGCGUCGAAGAGAUCUUCGACGAUGCUAUGUUUGACAAAAUGAAGCAAACGUGUCCGAAGUACGAUCACAAAAUACGGGCCGUCGCCGGUGACUGCAUGCAGCCCGCCCUGGGCAUCAGCGCCUCGGAUCGGGAAAUUCUGGCCGAAAACGUAAACAUUGUAUUUCAUCUUGCCGCCACGGUGCGAUUCGAUGAGAAGAUGAAGACGGCCAUGCAGAUCAACGUGAAGGCAUGCCGCGAUGUGCUGGAUCUCUGCCACGAUAUGAAGCACCUGAAAUCGGUCAUCUACGUCUCGACGGCGUACACACAGUGCCCGCAGCCGGUCGUCGAAGAGCGGUUCUACGAUCCGCCGCUCGAUUCGGAGAAGAUGAUCCACCUGACCGACUGCGUGACCGACGGUAUGAUCGAGAAGAUCACUCCCGUGCUGCUCGACAAAUGGCCAAACACGUACACCUUCACGAAGGCGAUCGCCGAGGAUGUGGUCCGUAAGAAUAGUCGCGGAAUGCCGGUCGGAAUGUUUCGCCCAGGAAUCGUGAUUGCGACGUACCAGGAGCCCGUCCCCGGUUGGAUCGAUAACUUCUACGGACCGACGGGGGUGAUUGCGGGCGCCGGAACCGGUGUGCUCCGUACGCUGCGUGCCGAUCCGACCAAGGUGGCCAACAUGGUACCGGUCGAUCUGUGCGUCAACGGAAUCAUCUCGUCCGCCUGGGAUGUCGGUGAACGGAACAGAACGGAAAUUAUGCCGGAUCCCGAGAUCCCGAUCUACAACUUCUGCACCGAGCCAAACAAUUGCAUCACCUGGGGUGAAUUCACCAACACGACCGUCAAGUUUGGCUCGAUGUAUCCCACGAUGAAGGCGAUCUGGUACCUGUGUUACGCCAGCAACCCGAACAUUGUGCUCCAUUACCUGUCCAUCAUCUUCCUGCAUUACGCACCGGCCGUCAUCGGUGACAUCAUAGCGCUGCUUAUCGGCAGGAAGCCAAGACUCCUUCGUAGCUACAAGAAGAUUCACCGCUUCAUGGACGUGAUCGAGUACUUCUCGAUGCGCGAAUGGGAGUUCAAGAUGGACAACAUGACCGGGCUCUGGCGCCGGCUGUCGAGCGAGGACCAAAAGCUGUUCUUCUUCGACAUGCGCCAAAUCAACUGGGACUACUUCCUCGAGCAGUACUUCUGCGGUAUUCGGCGGUAUCUGCUAAACGAUCCGAUGGAAACCGUCCCGCAGGCCGUCGUCCGUUGGAACCGUCUCUACUGGCUACACCAGGCAGCGAAGGUCGUCGUUCUGCUGCUGUUCUACAAGUUAGUCAUGUCCGUCUGGGGAAUGCUGAGCUAAGCUGCACCAAACACCAUCGGGACCUGGAAGGAAGGAAGGAAGGAAGGGCGGAAGCGCCUCCAUCGGAAGCAUCUUGCAGCGUUUCAUGAUUACAUGAUUGAUUUCAUUUGUUUUGUGUGAUUUCGGACAUUCUCGCAGAUCAGGCAUCGAUCGAUCGCUCGCUCGCUGCGAUUAAAUCUGUUUUCGUUUAUGUUUAAUGUUAAACUGUCGCUGUUUAGCGAGCUGGCGUGCGUGGCAGGCCUAGCUGGAACAGCCAAUAAUCCUGGCUCUAGGUAGAGAAGCCGCAUUAUGAUUUCUAAUAUACAAUACGCGGUUAGUUAGUAAGUUCCGGGCAGCGUACUAGUAGCCGCACCACUAACAACCAUCGAGCUGAUCGUGGUACUGUUGGUGUGCGGUGUGCUAGUGAUGCUCACUGUACCAAGAUAUUGAUUCCAAAUACACCAUACCCCAUCCUUACCGUAUAAUGCCAUCGUAUGGACAACGACGAUCAGGCACGCAGAUGAGACAUCGGAUCCUUCUUAGCAGCAUGAUUAGCAUGGUUUGUCCAUCUACAAUAACUUCAUCGUAUCGAGUAGGCGGCGGGGUUUGCAAAUCGAUUUAACAUACAUCCAACCACAGACACACUCAGCAUCGCAUCUAACGCAAAUGGGGAGGGUCGCUUACCAAUAGUUUUCGAUCGAUUUUUAUCAUUAGCGUCCACCAGGCGGCUAGCUGCUAACCGGCAUAGGAAUAGGGUGUGGUGCCGCCGCGGAGUGUGCAAAGUGCACUCCGCAGCGAGCAAACAGAAGCCAAGGGUUACUCGCUGUUAAGUGUACUCGUUUGUUAGGGAGGAAGAUCUAGUAUGCGGCGCCGUAGACAUGGAAGAGGUGCGCCGGAACCGGUGAUAGCGUUUUAAGCAAAAAUGCGUUGCGGAUUAAGCGGAUUUAAUAAAGUGCGUGAAAAUAUAA